UGAACUGUGCAAUUGGCAAAGCCAGCGGCCGAUUGAGGCAGCUGCUGCGAUUGCUUGGGGGACGAUAGCGCUCAGCCUCCGCACAUCAGUUGCUCGAGGUGCACGCAGCUGUUUGGGUUAUCUCUGACGGGCUCUGUCUCCCUCUCUCUUUCUUUGUCUAUCUGUCUAGCAAGCGGCAUGGAGAACUUCUACUGGCGCAAUAAGGUGGCUGUCAUCACGGGCGCUUCGGUGGGCAUUGGCGCCAGCACAGCGCUGACUCUGGCCAAUGCGGGCAUGGUCGUGGUGGGUCUGGCCAGGCGCGUUGAACUCAUCGAGGCGCUGAACGAACAAGUAACGGGUGAGGGCAAGAUCUUUGCUCGUCAAUGCGACCUCAGUGAUGAUGAGCAACUAAUCAGUGCCUUCAACUGGAUACGCGAGCGUUUCUUUUGCAUUCAUGUGCUCAUCUGCAAUGCGGGCAUACUCAAGGCCAGCUUUCUGAGCGAGUCGCCCACCAAGGACAUAAAAGAAUUGUUCGAUUUGAAUGUUGUGGCCACAGCGAGCUGCUUGCGAGAGACUCUAAAGCAUAUGGCCGCUGUCAAAGUGCGCAGUCAUAUUAUCGUGAUAAAUAGCGUGCUGGGCCAUCGCAUACCGGAAGUGCCUGUGCCCUUAUUCAGCGUUUAUCCGGCCACGAAGCAUGCAAUUACAGCACUUUGCCAGACGGUGCGCCAGGAAAUACAUUUUCUCAAAUUAAAUAUUAAAUUAACGAGCAUCUGCCCCGGCAUGGUGGACACCGAUUUUCUGAAUGUUUACUCACAGGCUGUGGACGCAUUGCCCAAACUCCAGCCAGUGGAUGUGGCCAAGGCAGUUUUAUAUGCCCUCGACACGCCCGACGGUGUUCAGGUGGAGGAUAUUAUCCUGCAGAAGAUGCGAAAUGUUGAAUAAAAU